AAUACUGUCCGCGAUAAUGAAGCGUGAGCUUUCAUUAUCACUGCCUUUUGGCGUAACGGUUAAGGGACGACAGUCUUGACUACUUACACCGUACUAGAGGCUAACUGACUUGCAAUUGACCAUCAAUUAUUUCAAUGAUGGUCGUGGAUCACUUUGAGGUUGGUGUCCAGAACUACUACCAACGACUCGCCGAUCACGGUUUGAUACCCCAGUCACGAGCAAGUGAAGAAUCCAGUUCACCAUCCUCGGAUCUUCCUUCUUGUCCGAUCUGCUCACACCGUCUUAUCGCGUGCCGUGGUUGUUCUAUUGUCACCUGCGACACUGAUGGACAGUGUGCAGGUGCCGACCUCGUCACCUUUGUGUCCUGCCACAUGCACGUUAACGAGAAAUUCUGUCCUGCAUGUCUCACAGAUGAGCACUCGGGUGCGCUUAUCCAGUGUGUGUACUGCCGGAACUGGAAUUGCCCAAUGGAAAUGAGGAAGUGCGUGGGGCGACCCGACCCCUUGUGUAAACCCGGCCGGAUACAUGCUCCUAAAACCAUCUCAUGUUGGCUUUGCUUUCCAACCACUGUAAUGCGGAACUGUAGUAGGUCCGACUGUUGGUCUUACACAGAUUCCUGUAACGCAAUUUGUUCUGACUGCGUUGGAUCUAUGGACGGUCACAUAGCUUGCCCCUGCGGAUGGGCCUGGAUUUGUGGUGCGUGUGCUCAGGACAGCGGUGGACACUGUCCAGGAUGUCAGACAUUUUAUUGUCUCGAUGCGUGCGGAUACAUCCACGCAUGCCUGCAGUGUCACAAGCUGACACUAUGCAACGAUUGCAUGGAAGAAGAUUUGUCUGACGAGGAGAGUUCUUCAAAGGAAAACAAGGGCGUAAUCAUCGUGACGACAUGCGAUGAGUGCGGGCGCGGUGUUUGCGCAGACUGCUUUGAAGAAUGCGAAUUCUGUUGCCGGUCUUGUAACAGUGUUCGUUGCUCGGAUUGCAUGGACAAGUGUUCUGGUUGUGAGGCCCUUAUGUGUUCGACUUGCAUAGAAUGUGGCACGGGAUGUCAGGAGUGUAAGGUAUGUCGGUUUUCGAACAACAGACUUUAGAUGCCAUUUGACAUAUCUCAGGGCAAAUGCUCCAUGGAGAGCUAAAACAUCUUGAAUUAGAUUAUACACAGUGGUUUGUCUUCGUUGGAUCAGUGAUGACAUUAAUAGUACACAAUGAAGGCGACCGAUACCCAAAUACAAUAUCGAGGCGACUUCUCUAAGUCAGAUACUAUCACUCCUGGGGUUCUGCA